AAAUGUAUUCUUCUUGUUAAUGGUUGCAGUUCAAUCAGGGGCGUAACUUUUUCAUAAGAUUUGAUGUUUAGGAAAUGGACAUUUAUUGUAUCUGUGUGGUGUUUUAUGGUACUCUUCAUGAGAGAGAGAAAUCUUUCAUAGCCGUUUUGAGAUCAUUGAGCCGUCUGCUUAACAAAUUGAGAACACUGUGCACACAGAAGAGCUACAAAAAUAUUUUCUUGGAAAACUUAUUGGAUUGCUACUUCUGAAAUAGUAUAAACAGUCAGAAGCAAAGAUGUUUUUAAGUUGUGUACAUUUUUGAAUGCCAGAGAAAGAAAUUGUGUAUUUAUGAUUUUGCUCUCUCUGAUUGUAAAGAUCAAUCUCCACAGACUAUAUAUAGAUCGUAGCAACACCUUGUGUGUCAUUGGAGAGUUGGGCAAAAAUCUCUGUCAUCCUGAUCAGUCAGAGCUAGUAGACAGCAGAUGCUGCCUGUCCACAAUACUGUUACAAACUUAGGCACAAGUUCAGGAUUUCAGGAAGUUCAUAUUAAAUAAUGAAACAUAUGUUGUGGCUGUCAGUGUCUUAAACUCAUCAAUCUCUCUUGAGUGAUAAAAAAAGUGAUUAGAAAUUUAUACCUGGUGGUAGGGUGGAGACAGCAAUAUGGAAGAGACAAAGUCCGAUUCUAAUGAUGCCUCUCUUACGGAGGUGGAUACAGUGGAUAGUGAACUCCAUACUCCACAUAUCAAAAGGGUGCCGCAUCUCCACAAGCUAGAAAAGAAGCACAGCAGUGGAGACUUGCACAGUCGACUGAAGACCCGAAAACUCCUGGGAGUGGGCGAGACUGACGAUGGGGAUGUCCAUAGGUCAAAGUUGAGUCAGAUUUUGGGACACAGUGACCAGCUGUACAUCCGGCUUCCUCCUGGUCUACGAAUAUGGCAGAUCGCCAUGGCGAUCAUCAUGUCUGUUAUGGCGAUAUGGGCAUUCACAUUUCCCAGACACUUGUUCACGACAAUGUAUGCUGGAGAGUAUGAGAAUACGCUACCAAUCAGGCUGUAUGGAGUGUCCCUAGUAUGUAUAUCAUUAAUGUACUGGUACACAGUGAAUACAGUGGAUAAGGAUAUGAUUCGACUCCUACUACUCAGCAGCAUUCUCUUCUUCACACUUCAUACAAUAGUUUCAGCCCUCUGCCUUCCAUUUGUGACUACACUGUGUGCUUUUCCUCUACUUUUCCUGUGUGUUAGACUCGUCUGUAUAUGUGUUAGUGUCUACUUCUACUGGGUGUUCACCAAGGAUUGGAAACUCUCAAACAGAGAACAGUGGCGACUGUACAAGCAAAAGUGACAAUAUGGGCGGUAUUUCAGGGAAAUUGUAUCACCUGGCCAAUAUUGGUAGGAGGGGCUAGCACGCUGAUCAACUGUCUAUAUCACUGGGGGCUGGGAUACAAGCUCUGCAUUCCGGCCUUUCCAGGAAUUAUCUCCAAGAAAGAGAGCAACGAAAAGAAGUAGAUUGGUCUAAGCAGUAACUUGAAAUUCCAAAGAAAAUUCUGUAUUCAUUUGCUGAUUUGCAUAAUAUAUUUAUGAUCUGUUUAUCCAUUGUUGAUUGUAGGAAGGUAAUUAGCAGUUGUGAGCUCAAUUUCAUUUAAGCGCGGACAUUGAUCAGUAUGAACAUAUGAAAUUAACAUUUGUAUUUUAAGAAAAAGUUUUUGAAUUUAUGAAAUCUACUCACUAGAAGACUACUGGGUAAAUGUUUCAAGAGCAUCUCUUCUCUGUCGAGCUUCUCCUAAAUAUAUUUUGUCUUUGUCUAUCCAGACAAAAGUUGCUUCUAUAAAUUACAAUUUCGUAUACCGGUAGUCAUUCCAUCAUUUUGGAUCAUGUGUAGCUCAGUUAAUCUCACAGUGCUCUUUCACUAAGAAUCGUGUCGACAAUUCUUGGUUCUGUUAGGAUAGAACUGAACAAACAAACAAAAAAACAAACAAACAAAACUUGUUUAUGUGUGAAUAUGGCAUUUUGUAUUUUUGUGAAGAUUGUUGUCAUGUGUAUAGAUCAGCUGUACUCAGUCUGAAUAUAAACUCUUGUUAUAAAAUUAUAGUGGAUUAUUUUCCUAGUCAUAAACCCAAUUGUUGUGAUUUUUAAAAUGUGCUGAAAUUCGUACAUUUACAUCUACUAAAUGUUUUGUCUGUAAUAAAACAUUUGCUAUUUCAUUAUUUUCAUUUCUCAAUGAAGGCAUCCCAACUCUGAUGACAUUUUGACUUGAACAAAAAAUCUGUUUUCAUAUUUAAAAAGAUAUAUGUUUAUCUCAAAUUAUAGAUGAAAGGAAUUUAUAUAGUAUGCAAAUUAGCCAACACUGGCAUUUGAUUAUAGGACCUCAUAUAUUGUCCACAGUACAUGAAAAAUGACUUUCUCUAUCUCUGUAUUCACAGAUUUGGGAUAUGUCAAUUAUUUGUAUUAGCAUACAUACACAUAUUUGAAAUAUGUAAUGUAUCAACUUGAGUCUGGGCCUCUAACAAACCAGAUACAAUAAGGAAACUGCAUUGAAAAUUAGCAGAAAUUGACGUACAGAAUUGACUCAUAAAGAACGCCUGCCAUUAAAGAAGGCACUGCUCGCAGUUUUCCGACAUCCCCUUCUUUAAGCUGACAAUAAUGUAGAAUUUUCAAAACUAAAUGAAAAAAAAAGCUUCCUAUGUAUAGCAUGGUGAAAUUCCGAGGACUUGGUUUUACGGUCCAGUGAUUGAAGAUGGGGAUGAUGUCGGAGGAAUAUUGCACCACUGUGAAAUUUAUAAACGUGCAUGGUUUUAAUUUUAUUCUUUGGGUGGAAUGAAACUACGUUUCGAGUUUUUGAAGCCAAUCUUGAAAGAUACAUCUGUUUUUAUUACUUGUUGCCUUACUCUCAUGGAAAUGUAUGUAUUUUUAGAAUAACAAUGAAUGGAAAUUGUUUUAGUAAUUAUUAGAAAUUAAAAUGAUAUAGCCAAAUUUAUUAGACUACAGAACCAAAGUGUAUGUUCAUUAUAUUUUGUGUAUAUGUUUAAAAUUUAUGUAAAUUAUUUUACUAUAUUUGUGAUAUACCUAUGUAAUUAAAGUCAAUUUUUUGGUA